UAACAUCGGAGUCGAUUGAAUUACUUACUGUGAUGGGAAUAAACACAGUGAGGGCUUUCCUGGAGACGCAAGUGGAAGAUCUCUGCGCCACGACUGAGCUUGGCGUGGAGACAAUCCGCCGGAUCAGAAAGGAUUUUGAGAGACUUCUUGAGGUACGGGUAAGUCAAGUGCAGCAUCAAUCGACUGGGAUCACCAGUUUGGAUGACUUCCUGGGAGGAGGAUUGCGAGUGGGUCACAUCUAUGAGAUUUGCGGAAGAAUUGGCACCGGAAAGAGCAAGUUCUGCCACACGAUAGCCUUAAAAUUGGCACAACAGGGCAUUGGCUGCCUGUACGUGGAUAUGAAUGGAGAUCUUGUGCCGGCAUUAAUGAGGAAACUUCUAGUGGACAUGGGAGAGCCUCCGGAGGAACUUCAGAGAAUUCUCAGCCUGAUCCGUAUAGACAAAGUGUGGAACUUGAGCGAUCUAAAACCAAUGCUGAAGUUUAUCGCUUCUAACAAGGAGGCGUUGGACGCAUUUGGGCUACUCAUUAUGGAUUCCCUGGCGAUUCUUCACGUGGUGAGAUUCGACAAGAAAAAGGAGAAGUUCAGUGAGAACGUGACAAUGAUAAGGGAAUGCUACAAACUGUUACACGAAAUCGCAAAGAUUGGCAAUUUCACUGUGAUUCUCACAAAUCUCCUCAUUUCUCAUGAAGAUGAUUCAAAGAUUACUCCGGGAUCGUUCAAUAUCGGCCUGCAAUUGAACGAAAUCAUCCCUUUUUUACCAUUCACACGACUCAGGAUUGAUGCCACCGACGAGAAGUCUUCCAGGAGAGAAAUCUCCGUCCUUACAUCAAAUCAUCUCGACAUGAACGCGAAGGUUUCCCUGCAGUUAACACAUAAAGGCUUCAUAUAACAAAAUAUAGACUU